AUGGGCGGCACGAGCCACUUUGUCGUGGAGAAGCGGGACCAUCCCGGGUCCUCGGAGCAGGCCAUCGAGAACGAGCCCGACUGGGGUGCGGGGCACAACCACCGCGUCGGGUUCAAGAACGUCGAUGGCCGCGUCCCGGGUUACAGCGGCGAGCCGGGCGGGCCCAAGUACUGGGAGAAGGCGAUGAAGAAGUACGAGGCCCUGCUCGACAGGAAGCGAAAGGGCGAGCUCAUCAACUUCCGCGACGUCAUUGACGGCGAGGACGACCUUCGUCUCAUCCACCCCCAGGACAGGGCGGUAGGCGUUCGAUUUGCCCUCGACUGUACCGAGGACUGGGUCAAGUAUGGGCAAAAGUGGCCAAUCAACGAGGCGAAGAAGAAAAAGGUGGAGGAAAAAAAGAAGAAGAGGGAAGAAGAACAAGACUCACAACAGAACGGCGCCAGCGAGCCUGCAAAGCCUGCGCAUGACGACAAGACGAGCCACGGCGAUCUCAAGGAUGAGCGGAAGAACGACGUGGGCGAGGGCAAGACGCUCGAGGAUAAGUAUACCGAUGAGGAGCGAGCGCUCCUGCGGGCCCUGCAACAUGAGAAGGACUACAUGGCCAACCUCGGGACCAACGACGGCAACCAAGAGUCGCCGCAGAAGCACAACCGCUGCGACGUCUCCAUUGACGAGGCCGAUCAGUUCACGCCUGACAACUGGUUCCCCCGCAGCGCCGAGCUCAUCCGACUGACGGGGAAGCACCCGCUCAACGCCGAGGCGCCCCUCACAGGCCUGCUGGCCGCGGGUCUCAUCACGCCCAACGAGCUGCACUAUGUGCGAAACCACGGCGCCGUGCCGCGGUUGAUGUGGGAGUACCACACGGUCGACAUCAACGACGGCAAGCUCACCCUGACCAUGGACGAGCUGAAGCACGGCUACCGCAGCAUCAACAUUCCCGUCUUCAUGGCCUGCGACGGCAACCGCCGCAAGGAGCUGAACAUGAUGCGCAGAACGCAGGGCUUCAACUGGGGCGCCGGCGGCGGCGGAUGCGCCUACUGGAAGGGCGCCCUGCUGCGCGACGUGCUGCUCGCGGCCGGCGUGCCAGACGAUCUCGGCAACGACGGCCCGCGGCGCUGGAUCAACUUUGAGGGCUCGGAGGACCUCAGCGCCGGCAAGUACGCGACCUGCAUCCCGCUGGCGUACGCCAUGGAUCCGCGCAACGACGUCAUGCUGGCCUACGAGAUGAACGACCUCCCGCUGCCGCCGGAUCACGGCUACCCUGUCCGGGUCAUCAUCCCGGGCCACGUCGGCGGGCGAUGCGUCAAGUGGCUCAAGCGGGUCUGGGUUUCCGAGAAGGAGAACGACUCGUACUACCACAUCUGGGACAACCGCGUGCUGCCGUCCUUUGUCACGGACAAUGAGAGCCCCUUUGCCGAGACCAUGUUCCGCCAUCCCGGCACGGCGUGCAUGGAGCAGAACCUCAACUCGGUCAUUGUGCACCCCCAGCAGGGCGAGAAGAUGCUGCUCAAGGACGCCGGCAAAGGAAAAGGGGCCGAGUACCGAAUCCAGGGGUUCGCCUACGACGGCGGCGGCCACGAGGUGCAGCGCGUCGAAGUCUCGCUCGACGACGGCGAAACCUGGCUCUACUGCAUCCGCAAGUUCCCCGACCUGCCGAUCCGCCACGGCAAAAAGUUCUGGACAUGGUGCCACUGGCACGUCGACGUGCCGCUGCAUCGCAUGGUGCAGGCGCGGAGCAUCAUGGUCAAGUGCUGGAACGUCUUUAAAAACUUGCAGCCGCGGGACCCGGCUUGGAACCUCAAGGGCAUGAUGACAUUGCUGGACGACGAGACGGACGGCGCGUACGUGCUCUUUCGACACCCGACUGAGCCGGCCAACGGUGACGGCGGGUGGAUGCAGCCGAGUGUCGUCAACCAGAUCGAGCUGGCGAAGCGCGAGGCCGGGACGCCGCAGAAGCAGUUUACACGUGAGGAGAUUGAGAAGCACGAUUCCGAGGACGACUGCUGGAUCGUCGUCGACGGCAAGGUGUACGACGCAACGUCCGUCAUGUCCUGGCACCCGGGUGGCAAGGCGCCGAUCAUGGCGCAUGCCGGCCGGGUACACGCAGAGACGACGGAGGAAUUUGGCAGCAUCCAUGACGGCUUUGCCUAUGAGAAGCUGAAAGAAUGCCUCUUGGGCACCGUCACCAACAAGGCGGCCAAUUUCAUCAAGGAGAACGCCAAAAAGCAGGCUGCCGAGAAGGCCAAGUCCAAAGGCGACAACAAGGCGACGCUGCAGAAACACCGCUGGGUGCCGACCAAGCUCAUCGCCCGCAAGGCCAUCUCCGAGGACACGCGCGCCUACACGUUCCAGCUGCCCGACCACAAGGCGAUUCUCGGCCUCGGCACAUGCCAGCACAUCCUCAUCGGCUUCCACCUCAAAGACAAGAUGCUCGUUCGGUCGUACACGCCGACGCGGCCGAUCCUGCCUGCGCUGAAUGACACGCCAGACCGGCUCCCCAGCCCGGCACAGAACGGCAUCCCCAACGGCAGGGGGGCCGGAGAGCGCAGCAAGGCCAUCAACGAGCAGCAUCACGAUCUUCGCGACGGCGACGGCACGUUUGAGUUGGUGGUCAAGACGUACUUCCCGACGGACCAGCAGCCCGGUGGCGCCAUGUCGAAUAUCCUCGACUGCAUGCCGCUCGGCGAGGAGGUUGAGAUUCGCGGACCGACGGGCGAGAUUGUUUACCUCGGCAAUGGCACGUUCCUCAUCGACGGCGAGGAGCGCAAGUAUCGACGUGUGUCUCUUGUUCUCGGCGGAUCGGGUGUGACGCCUGGGUUCUCCCUCCUUUCGCGCGUCAUCAUGUCUGGCGAUGACGAGACGGAGAUCAGGGUCGUCGACGCCAACAACACCGAGGCUGACAUUCUGCUGAGGGAGGAGAUGGAGGAGCUUGUCAAGAAGAGCAAGGGACAGUUGAAGGUUGUACACGUGCUCAGCCGGCCGAGCGAUGAAUGGAAGGGACUGACAGGAUACGUGACGGGGGAGAUUCUCAAGAACAACUUGUUCGCGCCGGGCGAGGGGGCGGCCACGUUUGUGUGCGGGCCGCCAGUGAUGAUGCAGAAGGCGGUGCUGCCGGCGAUGAAAGAAUGGGGGUAUGAAGAGGACAAGGACUUGUUUGGCUUCUAG